UAGGUCCGCUAAAUUGUUGUUAAUCUUGUGAUGUCAUUUUGAAAGUAUUUCGACUACUUGUGUAUUGGUGAUUACGAAAUCGUUGCCAGGAACUAUACCACCGGAGCCUAGUGACUAUACUGGACGCCAUAGACCUGUAUUUAGCAGAGCGGACAUCCGACGAUAACUUGAUAUUGAGUUGUUCUCGAAUACUGUACCAAGGCGUCAACGGUCUGACCUCUGCGGAUCGCAUUUCUACCAACACAACAGGUAUAUAACAUUGGACUUUGACCGUCAGACAGUAGGCCUUAAUAUUCAAAUAACCCCGGGGGAACAACACCGCAAGCAAAAACAAGUGAGCCUCGAAAAAGAAACCGCAUCGUGGAAUAACGGGACUUCUUUACUAUCGACGCAUCGUGAUUACUUCAGCCUAGGCACAAGUGACUACACUACAGUACAGUCAUCAUGGAUAAAAUCACGUGUUUUACAUGGGUUGCAGUAACAUUGCUCGCUGGGCAGAUAGUCACAGCACAGUUUGUGGAAGAACCUUCGUCUGUAUCGGAAGUAGAAGGUGGAAUGGUGCUUUUGAAGUGCAUGCUCGAUCCCAACUAUGCACCUGGCAGUACAGUCUAUGUGAAAUGGUAUAGAGGUGGCAUUGGAUUUGUACCCAAUGAUCAACAACGGUAUGAGUAUGAAGACAUAGCAAACACAAACGGAAACUAUAACUUGAUAAUUAACAACCUCAACUUCAGGGAAGAUAAUGCAGAGUUUUUAUGUGAGAGUAGGGUUGUCGAAGGCAACGAUGUAAAGUCAAGGUCAGCUGAUGUGUCUGUUUUGGUGCCACCUGAAAAAGUUUUCAUAUCACAAAAUGGUGCGGUAGUGCCGUCUGGUGGCACGGUUUCAUUCUCAGCUGAUGAUAUGCAGUCGUUCAGCUGCACUGCGGAGAACAGCAAUCCGGGGGCAGCCAUCACGUGGAUGCUCGGUGAGAACGACAUCAGCUCGUCUGCCACAGAGGAACAAGUGCCUGGCUCAGAUGCUUCAAAGGUAACCACAGUGAGCAGACUUGAGCGCACGUUUGAUGUCAGCGAGAAUGCGAAGCUGCUAAAGUGCAACGUGUUUCUGCACGACAAGGUCAACGUGACUGGCUCGCAGGUGACUUUCGACAUCCAAUUCAUGAGCACGUCGGGUGAUAUUACCAUCCUGGCCGGUGGCAGUGCCCUCGUCGAAGGCGAUGAAUUGUACUUGCGCUGCGGCGUGGAAGGAAAUCCGCAGCCAGCAUACAAAUGGUUCAAAGACAAUCAACCCAUCUCGACCAGCAGAGAAUUCCAGAAAACGGUAACGAUCGAAGACGCCGGCGUUUACAAGUGCGAGGCGUCGAAUGCUUACGGAGCUGGCAAGUCCAACACGUUGACGAUAUCCGUCAGCGCGAAAAGCUCGACCGCUGCUGCGGUCGCCAUUCCCAUCGUAGUCGCAUUCAUCGUGCUUGCCAUCGUCGUCGGUGUCGCGUACUACAGGAAGAUGUGCUGCUUCAAACGAGGCACGAGUAAUGGCGACGAGGAGGGAGGUGCGAGCAAUGCAGGCCUGGAUGCGAAGACACCGGACAGAGUUCCCACCCCUGAGACGAAGUUUAUGGCAGACGAAACACCGGCGGAGGAGGAGCGCAGCGUUAAGCCGGAGAAGGCUAAGAAACCUAAGCAUCCGCUAGCUCAAGAGUACGAAGCUGUUUACAACGUGAAGCAGUCCAAUCAUGACGAGCCCUCUGACCGCAACGUUGAGGGACUGACAUACGCUGACCUUGACCUCACGAAAGGCACAGAGGGUGCAGUGCCAGCUCGGAAAGGGGAAGAGACAGUGUACUCAGAAGUUAAACCCAACACUGCGGUAUAAUAUAUGUCAUAGAACCUUCUUUCACUGGUUUCAUAGAUUAUUGUGAGAACCCUUAGUGAUAUGAAAUGAAACAAAACUUUUGUUGAUGUGUAACUUGUGAUUUUUGUUCAGUAUUUUAGAGCGACUAAAAUGAGAAAAUGACUUUGAAAUGAGUGUCACGACUCAUGGAUUGUUGGCUAAAUUGGCAUAAUUGACUACAAGCUCACAGUUAUCACAACAAAUAUGUGCAACUGUCGAGUCUUUUGUAAUAGGACAUCAAUUACCUGUAAGGGUUUUAGUCUGUAACAAGUUUGCUUUUGAUGUUUGUGACAUAUUUGCUAGUUUGUACAUAUUCUAGUUUUUCAUGUAGCCCGGUUAUCCGGGCCCAAAUCCUGUGUUAGAAAGUACUUUCCUUGUCAUCUGGUUUUGUUUAGUUCCGUCCACUACCAUUGCAAGUAGUGAUUUGUCCUGUAUUGACAUGAAACUGAUAGAAUUGCUAGUAACCAGUGGUUCUCAGCUGUUGCCAAUGGUAUCAGACAAAUCCACAGUAAUAUAAUUAAUAUUACUAUUUUAUUAGAAUAGUUAGUUACCGUGUAAAGUGUUAGUGCAUAAUAGUAGGAUUAUAGGAUAAUGAGUCUGCUGCAUGUAUCGGCAGCAUUCAACUGUGUCACAAGUUGAAGCACUUGCUGCAGUUCAGUAAAUAACUUUUUACACCAACUCUUGGCAAUCUCACAGGUUUCCCAUGAUAUCACAAUGGUUUGCUAUUGCCUAAUCGCAAGGGGAGGGAAUCUAAUUAGAUACCUGAAAUUGUAUUGUAGUAUAAUAACUUUUAAAUGAAAUUCUAGCUUUAUCUUAUGAUUAAAUGUCACAUUGAAUUGCAUCUGAUUUGAAUGUUUACUAUUGUAUACAUUUCAUAGUUAUAUUUUGUAUCACUAGAAUUUUUAUAAUUGAAGGGACAUUGUUUAUUAUGUUGAUAAACAAAUGAUUAUGUGACGUAGAUAGGCUGUUUUUGCAUAUUAGGUCAUGUUUGUACGUGCUGUCAACGUUAUUAAUUAAUUUUAAUUACUGACUUUAAUCAUGCGCAAUGGUAGCAUAUAGAAAUUACUUGAACCUGCUGCAGUUUACUGUUGGAAGUUUGUCUUAACCCUCUAUUUGUUGAUGAGAUCAUUUAUAGCGUAAUUAUCUAUACAAGUGUAUUUUAUCAACGAACUAAUAUAUAUUUUACAAUUUAAAGCUGUGAUCACUUAAAAGAAUUCCAACAUCCUCAUCAUGUGACUUUGUAAAGUUAAUUUCCAUGCUUUAAUAUAUUAUUACAAGCAGGGAAAAUGUUUUAUAAAUUAUAUACCCAUCAAACUUCAUACAAAUUCCCAAGAAUGUAGCAAUAUGAUGUGCAUUCCUGUUAUUUUCUGCUACAGCAUGUAAUAAAUAUUCUGGCUGAUAACCAAA